CGGGCGGUCAAUGGAGUCCAGCGGUCACGCCGAUACGCUAACGUUUGUGACAAACGAAGUGUUAAUUGAUGUAAACGACGUCCUUACUUAAAAAAAGUGCGCCGGUGAGAAGUCUGCGGUAACCACACGGGCGUGACCGCGUAGCUGUUGAUCAAUAGGUGCAAUCAGUUGGGGGAGGGGGGUAACGUACCCCAGACGUUGCGUGUCAACACAAAGGCCUCUGCGGCUAAGCUAGUAAGCUAACUCGGCUGGCGUUAGCUUGGUCUCCUCAGGCCAACCUCAACUGCACCGAAUUAGCCAGCCAGCGCGUUGCUAUACAUCUUAUUUGUACUCCGCUUGGUAUAGUUAACCCAACAACGAGCUUCCGAGUAUUUUAUACGUCCCGACGAUCAUGGCGGAACAGGUGGCGAUACAGCAGAAUAUGGACAGGAGCUGCUGGGUGUGCUUUGCCACAGAUGAGGAUGACCGCACGGCGGAGUGGGUGCGCCCAUGCCACUGCCGUGGCUCCACAAAGUGGGUCCACCAGGCAUGCCUGCAGCGCUGGGUGGAUGAGAAGCAGCGGGGCAACAGCACAGCACGUGUGGUUUGCCCACAAUGCAAUGCGGAGUACCUCAUAGUCUUUCCAAAACUGGGUCCUGUGGUGUAUGUGCUGGACCUGGCCGACAGACUCAUAUCAAAGGCCGGCCCGUUUGCUGCAGCAGGCAUCAUGGUGGGCUCCAUCUACUGGACUGCUGUCACCUAUGGAGCCGUCACUGUCAUGCAGGUGGUGGGCCAUAAAGAAGGACUGGAUGUGAUGGAGCGGGCAGACCCUUUGUUCCUGCUCAUUGGCCUGCCCACCAUCCCCGUCAUGUUGAUCCUGGGAAAGAUGAUCCGCUGGGAGGACUACGUGCUGCGCCUGUGGAGGAAGUAUUCCAACAAACUGCAGAUUCUCAACAGCAUCUUCCCAGGGAUCGGCUGCCCAGUUCCUCGGAUCCCAGCGGAGGCCAGUCCCCUGGCAGACCACGUGUCGGCCACACGGAUCCUGUGUGGCGCCCUGGUCUUCCCCACCAUCGCCACCAUUGUGGGCAAGCUCAUGUUCAGCAGUGUCAACUCCAACCUGCAGAGGACUAUUCUGGGUGGCAUCGCCUUUGUCGCAAUCAAGGGGGCGUUUAAGGUGUACUUCAAACAGCAGCAGUACCUGAGGCAAGCCCACCGCAAGAUCCUCAACCUCCCUGAGCAGGAGGAGGCCUGAGGAGGGUGGAGAUCUGGAGACAGACCCGCAUGAUUCCUCCGGUGGCAGGGGGUGGGGGCUGGGGAGGAUGGAGGUCAAUGGCAUUUGACAGACUGAAGCAGGAGCAAUGGUGAAAUGGACUCAGAUCAGUGUUGCCUAGAUAUCUUACUCAUCACGCACCCUGCCUCAGCACCAACUACACUACCGUCAUCCCCAACUGCAACCAUGCUGCAGAGACUCAUGUUACCGCCGCUGACGUGCACGCUAGGCUCACCCCCCCCACCCCAUUGAUACUGUUUUAAAAAAAAAAAAACUCCUGACGCUUUCAUAAGGUUAAGACGAAUAAGACUUGAUGCACAGAUACGAACAUGAGGAUGGCUGGUGUGCAGUUAAAUACACACGAGUACACAUACCCACUGACGCAUGCACACACACACACACUCACUCACUCAAGAGCUCUUUCCCCAGGAAUGCGACUUGUGCAGUAUGGCUGCUGUGUUACAGUAAGGGUACGUGUUCAAACAAUUGUGUAGCUAGUACUUACGGUAUACUUAUUGUAUUUUAAGAUGGUAAAAAAAGAAAAUUACAGGGCACGUGUAAUUUAGAAAGUUUUAUAAUAAAUGAUUCUUUUAUAAUGUUUAUUUUGCAGAUUUGAAUUUCCCUUUGCAAGCUUGAAGGGUUUAUACAGAACGAGGAAGUUUAUAAUGUGUAUAGAAUGUACUGGUGAUGAAUAAUAAAACGUGUUUAAUUUAACAAUUACAGAUGAAUAUGUAAAGUAACUGACUUACCAUGACCGCAGUAAGAAAGCAUCAACAGAAAUGUAAUUUUUACUGCUUCUAACCUCCCCGCCAUCUGGAGUGUCCCGCCUCUCCCAUAACUUGUGACUGUCGAUGUGCUUCACUGUAUGACACUCCUAAUAUCCACAACUAACCGAAUAUGUCAGGCAGUAAGCUACUAGUACUCUAAUUAGAGGUGUUUAUUAUGGGGUUGUGUUCUUCACACACAUGCCUCAGAGGUUUUCAUGCUGGUUCUAACAGCUUUAUUUCUCCUGGUACAAUGUUUUUUUUCUUUCCUUUUUUUAAGACAACCGACUGGAUGACAUUGACUUGUUUGUGACAGUUUGGUCUUUCCAUUGGAGGGAUCAAUUGGCUAGAUUUUUUUUUUUCAAGCUUCGGGUGUAUCAUAUGCUUCAUCUUUCACUGAGAAAUGUGAAUGUUGAAUAAGACUGCUCGGUUGAUUUAUGGUAGUCAUACCCACUUCUGAUUUUCUUUUUAAUUAAAGCCCAUUUUGUCUCGAUCAAGAGAUUCUGCUUUAGCCGAGUGUAAAACUUCCACAUAUUCUCCAGGUGAAACUAACAUGCUUUGGUUCACUAGUGAUCACAAUGUAGACUUUGCUAAAUGAACGAGUCUGGGUCAAGUAGGAUUCCUCCCGACUAAUGUGGCCCAGUUUUGCAAACAUGUUAUGAGGCAUUUACAUGGAAGAGACAUAAUGAUCUAGAGAGCUGCAAGUAGCAGGGACUUAAAGGGUUUUUUUUCUCCAAAUAUUGGAAGUACUAGGAACAUUUAGAUGGUGUACAACUCUUCUACAAAAGGCAUGCCACUCAACAGACCACUAAUAUUCAACUUGUAUAUCCUCAAGCCGUGCCUGCUCGACAGAUGUCUGAUGAUCCGCAAAAUGUGGCUGUGCUCAGCUUGUGUAGCACAUUUGCUGUAAAAGACUCCAUUAUGCCAAACGACAGUAAAGUGGGGAAAAAAAUGUUGUACAGACAUUGCUUCUGAAUUUAUAGAUUCAUGGUCAACUAUGUGAAUAAAUGUAUU